GGAAGAUGGCGAUUACGUCUCCUCUCCGUCAAAGGUCAAGGUGGAACAUGGAUGUAAAGAAAGCCAAUAAAAACCGCCUAAAAUUGCGUGGCGCGUGCUCAGGCACGGCACUCUGGUACUUGCGGUACUUGCUUUGAAAUUCGCACGUUUUUGUACCUACUUGCUGCUCUAUUCGACAUUUGACCAUCACUAUACAAUGAGAGUCUUUUUGGCGCGGGUGGACUGGUUUCAUAUCCGGCGCUCAAGGGGCACGAGUUUUUCCGUCUCACGUGGGCUGGGUAGGGAUGAUAGGGUGAAAUAUCGAAAAUAUCUGUCAAUAUGGGGGACGAAGAAGUAAAUGAAAGCCUCAAGGAGGCUCUGCUUGAUGCUAUGAGUGGUACAUUGUCGCCUAUGGCUGAUGUGAGGAAAGGUGCAGAGGAAAGACUGAAAGCAUUGGAGGUAACCGAUGAGUAUGGCCGCCAUCUGUCAGAGCUGACGGUGGAUGUGCACUGCGCGCUGCCGAUGCGCCAGCUGGCCUCGGUUAUGCUGCGGCAGUACGUGGACACCCACUGGACGCCGGCCAGCGACAAGUUCCAGCCGCCAGAGCCCAGCGAGGCCACCAAGACGUUCAUCAGACAGGUGCUGCCGAUGGGCCUGAAGGAGUCCAUCAGCAAGGUGCGCGCCUCGGUGGCGUAUGCGCUCUCCUCGAUCGCGCACUGGGACUGGCCCGAGCAGUGGCCGGAGCUGUUCGACAUUCUAAUGGCGUGCCUCAAGAGCGGCGACGAGCACGCGGUGCACGGUGCCAUGCGCGUACUCACCGAGUUCUCGCGCGACCUAACGGACGUGCACGUGGCCCAGGUGGCGCCCGUACUGCUCUCCGAGUGCUACCGCAUCUUUGUAGAGUCUGACCGGUACUCUAUCCGCACCCGGAGCCGCGCCGUGGAGAUUUUCCACACGGUCGCCUCCCUGAUCGCUACCGUGGCCGAGUACGACCGGAACCUGGCCAAGAGCCUGCUGGUGCCCGUGCUGCCCAAGUUCACCGAGGCGCUGGUCAAGAGCCUCAGCGUGCCCUACGGACCGGCCUCCGACUGCGGACUCAAGAUGGAGGUGCUCAAAACGAUCCGGAUGCUGGUGAAGAACAUGCCGAAACACACGGUGCAGUGGAUGGGCGAGAUCCUGACGCCGGUGUGGAACACGCUGACUUCGAGCGCCGAGCUGUAUGUGCGGUCACAUAUCAACGACCUGGAGCAGCAGAACGACCCCACCGACUCGGACGGUCAAGUUUUAUCGUUUGAGAACUUGGUGUACAGCAUUUUCGACUUUGUGACGGUGCUGGUGGAGACGCCCAAGUUCCGCAACUCGGUGCGGCAGGGUCUGGACGACCUCGUCUACUAUGUCAUCGUGUACGGCCAGAUCACAGAGGACCAGAUCAACACGUGGUCACACGACCCGAACCAGUUUGUCGAGGAUGAGGACGAGGAGACGUUCAGCUACUCGGUGCGCGUCUCGGCACGAGACCUGCUCGUGAGCCUGUGCCGCGAGUUCGAGGACGAGUCGAUCCGAGCCGUGUGCGCCGCCAUCUCUCGGCACAUGCAGGAGGCGGCCGUGGCACGACAGCAGGGCCACCCCUUCUGGUGGAAAAUCCACGAGUCGUGCAUGCAGGCCAUCAUCGUGUGCAGCGCCCAGCUGCUCUGCCAACUCUCCGAGAGUAAAGUGCAAUUCGAUCUGAUGGGCUUCCUCGAGAACGUGGUCGUGGCAGAUCUGAGCUUGGAAGGCGCGUCGCCGUUCCUGCUGGGCCAGUGCCUGGUGACGGCCAGCCGGUUCGGCGGCGCGAUGAACGUCACCCAGACUCAGUCGUUCCUGCAGGCCACGGUGACAGGCCUGGCGAGCACACAGCCGCCCGUGGUGCGCACCUCGGCACUCAGGGCCAUCAUCGGCUUCUGUGAGGUGGUGAAGGAGCGGGCCGGCGGCGCGGAGGUGCUGCGACCCUUCCUGGCGCCCAUCGUCGACAGCCUGAUCACCUUCAUCACCCAGUACCACGGCGGAGAGGUGCUCGCGUUGAUGCUCGAGGCCAUGUGCAGUGUCGUCAGCGUCGACAAAGCGUUCACAGCCACAUACGAGACGAAGAUCACACCACUCGCCAUAGCUGUAUUCCUUAAAUACAACAAAGAUCCGGUGAUGGUUUCGCUAUCGCAGGACAUAUUCCGCGAGCUGUCCAAGAACGAGCAGUGUCUACAGGCCCUGCAGAGCCGGCUGGUGCCCACACUACUCAGUAUACUGAAACAGGACCCGCAGAAGCUACCCGGAGGCCUUCAGACGGUGUCGCUGGACGUGCUCCAGACGCUGAUCCGAUCGUCGACACCUCCGCUCAGUGAGCUGCUCAUCAGCGAGGCGUUCCCGGUGGCUGUGCGCUGUGUGAUGCAUACGGACGACAACUCCACAAUGCAGUCGGGCGGCGAGUGUCUGCGCGCGUACGUAUCGGUGGCCACGGAGCAGGUGUGUGCCUACCGGGACAGCCAGUCGCGCUCGGGCCUCUGGUACCUGAUCCAGGUGUGCACCCAGCUGCUGUCGCCCACCGCCUCAGAAUUCUCGGCAGCCUUCGUCGGCAGGCUGCUGAUGGUGAUAGUUAGCAGACUGGGCGAUAACCUGGGCAGCGAACUGGAGACCCUGCUACGGGCGACGCUCAGCAAGAUGGUCAGCUCACAAACUACCAUCGUCAUACAGAGUCUGAUAAUGGUGUACGCGCACCUGGUGAAUCUGCAGCUGGAGGCGGUGCUGUCCUUCCUCAGCUCGGUGCCAGGCCCCUCCGGUCAGUCGGCGCUCCACUUUCUGCUGACAGAGUGGUGCGGCCGGCAACACCUCUUCUACGGCAGCUACGACGUCAAAGUCAGUGUGAUGGCCUUGUGUAAACUGCUACAACAUGGCGUCAAUACGCACGACUCGCGACUCAGCGAGAUCACCGUCAAAGGAGACGAGGUGAUAAACACGGGCGGCUCGGGGAUUCGCACCCGGUCACAGCGCGCCCGAGAGCCCGAACAGUUCACUUCCAUACCGGUCCUAGUCAAAAUAUUCAAACUGCUCAUCAACGAGCUCUCGUCGGCCAUCGAGCGAGACGCCGGCAGCGAGUCGGAGAACGAGGACGAGUACGAGGACGGCGAGGACGAGGACCCGGAGAGGGUCGACCUGCCCGAGGGCGUGCCGCUCUCCCAGGUUCUGUCAAACGACUUCCAAGGUUACGACUUUGACACUGUAGAAGAGGAGGAGGACGCGGACGCGCUGGCCGACCCGGUGUACCACGUGGAUCUGAAGCAGUACCUCACCGAGUACCUGGCCUCGUUCUGCCAGCAGCCGUACAUCGCGCUGUUCGCGCCGCACCUGCAGACCAGUGAGCGGCAUGUGCUCGCUCAGAUCGGCGUGCGGACCGUCUGAGACCGGCACACACUAGACGCCCGGUGUGCGCGAGAGUGUGUGAUUAGUGAGUGACGACAGCGGCGCGCUGUGCACCCGCUGUGUGCCCGCUGGGACGGGGACAGUGCUGCCGCCCUCACCGCCGAGCGCAGGCGGCGCUGUUUGGCGCGGACGGUGCCGCCGCCCGCGAGCCGGGUACAGGCGGCGCUGCGGUCGACAGAGGACCGGCGCGGCUCGGUGCUGAUAGUCACUGAGGAGGCCGCCGCGGAGCUGUGAAUGCCGGGACGGGAGGGGAGCGAGAGCGCUGAGAGUGUCAACCCGACUGGGACAGGUUCCCGCUGCCCUUGUAAGCGUGACAGUGGAUUUACCGGCGCAGUGAUCACAUUAAAUGCAUGGAGGGAAGCUAUAUUUUUAAUAUGGCUCUUGUAACAGUGCGGUUUUUACUGGUUAGACACUGUACAGAGGGUUUGAGCUUGUGCGCUGGUGUUUGUGUGGAUGCGUGUUCUGUUAUCCGGUACCUCCGGAGCCGGCCGGCGCCCGCGCACGCCGACUGUUGCGGCGCCCCCUUCUCCCGUCUGUCGGCGGCGCUCGGCCCGCCGGUGGCAGCGGCGGUCGGCCGCCGCCCCCUGCCCAGUCUCCGACGCACGCGAACUGUGGGUCAAUUCCCGGCCGACCCAGGCCAGGCCGCCGAACGGUGUGCAGUCACAUAGGCCGCGGCCGACCCGUAGGCACUGCAUGACCCGGCCCGCGGUAGCUCGGGAAGCAUUUAUUUAUUUUCACCCACAUUCGCUUUAAAUAUAUAGUUUGAUUCUGGAAA